AUGGAUAGAUGGGAUUUCGAUCGCGACACAAAGUAUCGAAGCAGCAAGAGAAAAGAUAGAGGUGGAGAGAGUGAUGAGGAGGAUCGGUAUGGCGAUAAACGAACUAGGGUUGUGCACGAGUGGAAUGAGUGGCGGCGGUUUGAUCAGGAGAAAGUGGGUUUUGCUGAGGAAGACACAGAUAGGGAUGAGAGGAGGGAAUUCGAGGAUGGAGAUAAGUUGCAACAAGGGAAAUUGAACGGGGAAACAAUGACGACGAUGAAGAAUGAACUUAAAGAUGAACCCUGUGGUGGUGCACUGGGAGCACCCAGUAAGGCAUAUGAAACCCUACAUGAGACCCCUUUGGCGCCCAGCCACCCUCAUCCUCCUUCUAAGGUAUCAUCACUUUCUACCAAACAUGAAACUGAAGGAGUUGAUUCUGCAGAUGCUGCCAAGAUUGGAGGCAUCUCUCUCAAUGCUUUAUCUAUGGCCAAAGCAACUUUACUGAAGCACAAGGGGCUUGCAGAAAAGAUGAAGAAGAUCCCGUUGUUAAACAAGGGUACUGACUCAGCAAGAGAUGGCCUCAAACCUCCAUCUAGUUCAGGAAUACCCGCUGCCCCACCACAAUCUGCUGCCCGACUUGGUGGUGGGCUGCCCCGAAAUUCUGAAGCUGUAAAACGGGCUCAAGAGCUUGCUGCCAAGAUGGGUUUUAGAAAAGACCCGGAAUUUGCACCACUUAUAAACAAGUUCCCCGGAGAGCUGGCACCAGAAGUGACUGUACAACCAAAGCAUGCUAAAGCCCCUGUUCUUAGUUUGGAUGCAUUGGGUAGGGAAGUCGAUGAAAAUGGCAAUGUGGUAAAUAUACCUAAGUUAAACAUCUUGAGCACCCUUAAGGUUAACAUUAACAAACAGAAGAAAGAUGCAUUCCAGAUUCUGAAACCGGAAUUAGAAGUGGAUCUAGAUGAAAACCCUCACUUUGAUCCUCGAAUGGGAAUCGAUAAAACUAAACUUUUAAGGCCUAAAAAGAUGACCUUUCAGUUUGUUGAUCUAAUUACGUUGAAGAGUCUUUGA